CGACGGACCACCUGUGCUGUGUGCGCGCUCUACGCCCAGCUGUUUACAUUUAUGUUAUUUUGACAGCUUAUUCUUGAACAAGUCUGGGACGUAUUGAUAGUUUUCAAAGUAAUUGAGCAUGGGUUCGUUAGGACACCUAGGCCUACGAUAUGGAAAAGUCCUGCAGCUCACCCUUGCGGUAAUCAAACCGGAUGCAGUGGCGCAUCCUCUUAUCAUGGAGGCUCUCCAUCAGAAAAUACUGGAACACAAAUUCAGUAUUGUCAAGUCGAAGGACCUAGUGUGGCAAAGACAAGACUCAGAGAGGUUUUAUGCUGAACAUGAAGGGCGGUUCUUCUAUCAAAGGCUUGUUGAGUUCAUGUCAAGUGGACCAAUGAGGGCAUAUAUCCUUGCCAGGGAGGAUGCAAUUAGCUACUGGCGCGAACUAAUGGGUCCCACCAAAGUGUUUCGGGCACGCUAUACCUCUCCGGACACCAUCCGAGCCCAGUUUGGACUUACUGACACCAGGAACACUACUCAUGGCUCAGACUCUGCAGAAUCCGCCCAGAGGGAGAUCACAUUCUUCUUCCCAGAAUUCCACGUUCAGGAGUGGAUGGAGAGGCUGGAGCCGUCCUUCAGGGCGGGACAGGUGACGUACGACCAGCAGAAGCAGAUUCAUAUGCUGUCAGGACAGAGCUGACCAUAAACCCCAUAAUAUGGACCAAAAUGGACUGACCCCAUAGUGGACAGCUGUCUGUCAUUGUCCCAAAGCACAGCAUCAGCAUAAGAAUCACAACAGGCAUGAACGGACAACAUACUGUACCUCAUCUGGACCAUGGUGUGACAGACUUUGUGUGGUGUUAUGGGUAAUUUUACUCUCGAAUUAUAACCUAUAUGUCAAAGGGAUGUACAUUAUUGUCCAGAACAUGUAAGCUGAAAAUAAUUUUGCUCUUGUUGGGACUGUUUGAUAUUGAAUGCAUUACGCUUUUGACUGGAAAUGUGAAUCCCAAAUGUAGGCCAAGAUAAUGUUAUUUUGCACACAACAAGGCAUGUUCUUGGUAGAUGAGCAGACAUACACACAAACUCAUUAGACUUGACUCAUUAAAAGUCCAGCUAUGA